AUGGUGUCCUCGUCGCGUGUCUCGUCCUGGCGCGUGACUUACGCCGUCCGCCCGAUUCCCGGCGAUCGCCGGAAUUUCCCCUUCCUCGAUGGAGUCCUUGUGGCUCACCAUGCCCGGGCGCGCCUCCUCCUUCUCGAUUCCAAGGAAACCAUCGUCGAUUCGAGGGCGCUCGGUGCGAAUGAGAUAAUCCAGCUCGGCGGCGCGAUCGCUUUUCCCCGGCACGACGCGCGUAUCCCGUCCCGGCCGUUGCCGCCGGAGUCGCUCUUCGGCAGGGGAGAUGCGGCUCCGCAGACGCGGGGAUCGGAUCCGACGCCUUUUCCAGCCUCUAUUGAGGAGCUCAUCAUGCCGCGUCCCCGGGCUCUUCAUCAACAGUUCGCGGUGGCGCAGCCGUCGCGUCCAAGGGAGGACCACCUCAUCGAUCCAGGGCGGUGGAAGGAUUGGCUCGUCCCGCGUUCGCCGGCGGCGGGAAUUCUCGGUGGGCCGCCAUGGUCACAGGAGCCAGAGAUCGCCCAGUCGCUGGACUUGGGCUGUGGCCCAAAAGCCCCCUCAGCCAUGGCGACGCGAGAUCCGAGCACGUGUCCUGAUCCUACGACCUCUGUUGCUCGCAACAAUGGUGGUCGCCGCCAGGUAGGGACAGGUAACCCUACGCCUCUUAUACCCAUCCCCAACGCCGCCGCCGGAUCAGAUCUCGACUCCCUCCUCGCCCAUUUCUGGUCAAAAUCUAGGGUUCCUCCUUCCACCCCGUCCCCCACUACCGAAUCCUACUGUUGGUGGAGUGGGAAAGUAGCCGGCGAUCCUCGGUCCUUUGCUCAAGUGGCGGCUUCUCCCCCGCGUGUCAUGGGUGAUGGCGGCGGCGGGCGUUUCGGCCCGGGCAGGGGAAACCGAAACCAGCCUGCAGCUCGUGGGCGCGGCCGGCAUGUCUGGCAGAGGGAGGAUGUUCCUCAGACUUCCUCCAACAACACCAGGGGCUCCGGCUCGCUGCAAUCUGAUGACCGAUGGGAGAGGGCAGCGAGGGAGUCGGAACAGCGCCGACAGGAAGCUAUUUCCUCAGCCCCCUCUGGUAAGACCAUGCUUGCUCAAGGGCCUGGUCCCAAUCGUCCCAUGGUUGCCGCUGAUCCCCCUCCCUGCCUCCAUUGCAACAUUUCUGGUCAUUAUACUGCUCGUUGCCCUACCAUUCGUUGUGACCGGUGCAAAAAAUUGGGCCAUGUUGCUCAGAUCUGUCAAACUAUUCUACCCUGGGAGUGUGUUCCAUCAAUGUGUGGGUUUCAGGCUCAUGGGCGUGGUUUCUUCUACAUGCCGGACCAUAGUUCUGCAAAGCAAAGCAAAGAGAGAGCCAGUAGUGUUGUGAUUACUGUGUUGGAGGGGGAUGUGACUCAUAGAGAGCUUGAGAAGGAGUUCAAUGUGGCUUUUGGUGAUAGUUGGAGAUGCACUGCAAGAUCCCUGGGCCCUAACCAGUACAUUAUGAGGUUCCCUACUGCUGUGGAGGUUGAGCGUGCUGUCUAUUAUGGGGCUAAGAUGCAUCUCAAGACUGUGGAUGCGACUGUGAGGUUAUCCACCUGGACAGCCUCAAUUGGGGCAAAAGCUGUCCUACAGAAGGCCUGGGUCAAAGUGAGCAACAUUCCCCUUGAUAAAAGAUGUGAUGCCAAUGUUUUCUAUGCUGGUGGGUUGGUUGGUGUCUCUCUAGAGUUGGAUCCUUCGACCCUGCACAAGCCUGAGUAUGUCCGGGUUCUUAUUGGCUGUCGUGAUGUGGAGAUGAUCCCUGCUUCUGCGGAAGGCUGUCUUGGAGAUAACUUCUAUGACUUCUUCUAUGAGAUUGACAAAAUUGUUGUGGGAAGCCCUCCUAAAACUCAAUCUUCUGUGGCGGUGGGUGGACACUCGGGAGCUCCUUCCCCUAAAAGAGCUAGAUAUGAUCAAAAUAGCAACCUCCAUGAGGAAAGUUCUGAAGAACAAAACCUUGGCAGCCAGUCUGAUACAGUUGGGCACACCAGGAAACAUGAUGAUGUCGUGGUGCCUGAUGCCAAUACCGAGUCCGACUCACAGGAAGAUGAUGAGGCUGGUAGCUCUGAGUUGCUCAUUGAGUCUAUGACUAGAGAGCAUGAGGCGAAGAUGGCAGCUUCUCAAGUUGCUCCCCCGGCAGUCUCUCAGGCUAUUACUUCAAAUAAGUGGCUGACUCCCUGUCCUAUUCUCCAAGAAAACAAGACGCUGUCUCCUAUGGAGGUGCCGCUGCAAAAUCUGCUUCUUCCUUACACUCAAAACCUGCCUGCUGGUUCCUGGCCUCCUCUGCCCACCAUUACUGAGAUGGCAGAAAAUUCAUCAUCGCCACCUGCUGGUUCUCCGGCGUACAUUGUGCAGUCUCCGGACUCGGCAUCUAUGGAGGAGGACAAAACUAUACCUGAAGACACCAGGUGCAGCACCAGGCUUGCGGACAACGUCAACAUGGACAUUAUGGAGAAAGUGUCCGAGGCUGCAAGGAAAAGGGAUCUUGAAGGGUUACUUAAGGCCGAGGACAAAAGCCGUCUGACGAUGGGCGCCCAGAAGAUGAUGACAGCAGCCUCGUCCAUCUAUGCUUCGCGCCCCAGCUCCGCCGCUCCAGGACAGCUGCUGAUGAUUACUGAAGCCUGAUCUUGCGCUUGAUGGAGUCGCGCCCUGCUUUUGGCUGUUUGUUCGGUUCUGUUCCAGAGUUGUAGUGGUCGUUUCUGGUUUCCCUAGUAUCUGUAGUUUUUGGAUCUUGUCCUUCCAUGUGGAGGUUCAUGUGUUGUCGCCUGGAAAAACCUAGUUUGUUGUUUGUGGUAUCAGGUUUUUGUCCCAUGGCAGGUAUUCGAUGUCGAAUACUUGCAGUGGGUUUCCUGAUACUGCACCAACUCGCUUCCCGUUUCAUCCUACUCCCCUUUCUUCAUUGUAAAUAAGUGACUUUGUAAGACCUGUUAUUUCCGUUAUUGCAAUGGAAAGGGGUGGAAGCCCAGUUGGAA